UUGGAUUCUAGGUUGUGUCUCAAUAUGCCAACUGGUGUUUCACUUGAACCAAGAGGGAAGACUCUACCAGUGUGUGACCUGUGCCAUUCUCGCAAGGUCCGGUGCGAUAGACAGGACCCAUGUGGAAACUGUCAGGAUGCAGAAGUGUCAUGUAGCCGUGGUCGAACGGUGAAGCGCCGACAUACGACAACUCGCCGUCACAGAAGCAAAAACCCUGUCUCUCGACUCCAGGCAAUACCCGAUGAAGUAUUUGAAGCAGAACUCACUGCAUCGGAAACUGGUAGUCCGAUAGAGAUUCCUCCGGUCGCUGGCUCAGUUUGCUGCGCUGAUAUAGAGGAAAUGCAGUGGCCUGUGACUGGGAUCACAUAUGACCCAAUCCAUGAUGCACAAAAAACUAUAGAGCGUCAACUGAGGCAUCUCCAAAAUCUCACUUUGGAUAGACGCAGGGUUCUUGAAUCAGCCUUAAAUGUCAUAGGCCUAUUGUCUGGCAACUCGAGAGACCUUGUCCAAGGCAGUCAUGGUAAUGCCAAUGCCGAGAGUUCAUCGAAAUAUCCAUCUGUCGAGUUCCUCAGUUGGAUGUUGAAAGGUAUAUUAGAUUGA